GUUUCUGUGAAGGGGUCUCUGAGAAACAACAAUAAGCUCAUUCAAAGCUUGUUUCUGAACAUGUCAGAAGAGCAAGCUAACGGUGAGAACUUGCAGCUCAGUGAGGAGCAGCUGUGUCAGAUAGAAAAGAACAGACGUGCUGCACUGCAAAGACUGGCCAGCCGAAAUGUACCUGUGCCUGUUGGAGAAAGCUGGAGAAGACACAUUGGGACUGAAUUUGCAAAACCAUAUUUUACAAAACUCAUGUCUUUUGUUACAAUGGAGAGGAAAUGCUCUACUGUUUAUCCCAGCCUUGAACAUAUGUUUUAUUGGACAACUUUGUGCACAAUUGAAGAUGUAAAAGUUGUCAUUCUCGGGCAAGACCCCUAUCAUCAUCCAGGACAGGCCCAUGGUUUGGCCUUCAGUGUGCUGAGGCCUAAAUCACCUCCUCCCAGUUUGGAAAACAUAUUCAUGGAGCUAAAAGAAGAUAUUGUUGGAUUCCAGCACCCAGGACAUGGAGACCUGACAGAAUGGGGUAAACAAGGUGUUCUGCUGCUGAACUCUGUGCUGACAGUGAGGGCUCAUCAACCCACCUCUCAUGAGGGUCGAGGCUGGGAGAUCUUCACAGAUGCUGUGGUCCUGUGGCUCAGCAGGAACCUCAGAGGCCUGGUCUUCCUGCUUUGGGGUUCAUAUGCUCAGAAAAAAGGCAGAGUCAUUGACAGGAAACAUCAUCAUGUUCUUGAGACUUCGCAUCCAUCACCGUACUCUGUACAUUUAGGCUUUUCUGGAUGUAGGCACUUCUCUAAAACUAAUAUGUUACUAAAAGCAUCAGGAAAGAAGCCAGUUGAAUGGACAGCUCUCUGA